UUUAUCCAAACUCUAGGUCUAUUAACCGUGAUGUGUAUUUAAACAAACGCAAGUUCGCAACCACGUCCAAGAAGCAAAAGCAUUUGCAGAAUUUUAAAAAGAUUUGACAGAUCGGAUAUGGCAGCAGAAGAGGGGCAAGUGAUUGGUUGCCACACUGUUGAGUUAUGGAACGAGAAUUUGCAGAACGCAAAUCAAUCCAAGAAGCUGGUGGUUGUUGAUUUUACUGCUUCGUGGUGCGGACCCUGCCGUUUCAUUAGUCCUUUCUUGGUAGAGCUGGCCAAGAAACUGCCAAAUGUUAUCUUCCUGAAGGUGGAUGUGGAUGAAUUGAAGACGGUUGCGCAGGAUUGGGCUGUGGAAGCAAUGCCAACUUUCAUAUUCCUGAGAGAGGGAACUAUUUUGGACAAGGUAGUGGGAGCAAAUAAAGAUAAACUGCAUGAGACUAUUGCAAAGCACAUGGCUACUGCUUCUGCAUGAGAUAUAAUUUCCUUGUGUCUUUACCAUUGUCAUUAGUAAUUUGUGUUCUUUUAAACCUUAGAUCAUAUUUGAGGUAGACUGUUUUUUAAAAAGUACUAUUUGAUGAUGUUGAAAAAAUAAACAUAUUGAACUGGUUUCCAUGAUUCUAUCAUUGUAUUGCAUAGGGUUCUUUUAUUGGAAUUGGUUUGCUUA